AUGGCCUCUUUCUCUCAAUCAUCUGAGCAAGAAGAUGGUAGAGAUGCAGGAGCAAACAACCCCCCAGCCCCCGAAAGGAAAAGUGCCUUAAAAGUAAAGUCUGAUGAAGGUGUCCAGAGAAGAAUAAAAGGCCAAGGUCACGAUGAAGGGCCUCGAAUAAUAUAUCGUAAAGCUCUGCUGGAUGUAUUUGGGGGAGAAUUGCAAGCUCUAAGAAAAGCUUCAUUUACAGGUGAAAUUCAUAAACAAAGCUCUUCUGGAAAAGAGGAGCCUGGGCCAGUUAAUAACCUGGGAGAAUUUUCAAUAGUAUCAAAAAGCAGAGGGCGAGAAAUUGGAAAAAAAUCACAUCAUUGGGAAACUGCCCCACAGGAGCACAAGGUUUCUGCCAAGCAAGACAAUAAAGAACCACGUUGGUCAGGUGGCAAUUCAAGACAUGAACCUGUAAUGUCAAGAUCAGGGGGGAAAGUUCAUACAGGAUCAAGUUAUGAAAAUGAACUUUAUCAGGGAUCAAAUGACUCGCAUGUUCCAAUUAAAGACAAAACAGAUGUUCAACAGAAUGAAAUGUUUUGGAAAGAAAGUUACCAACCAAAAUACAAAUUUAAAAGCAGCUUUUCACAAACUGGAGAGCAAAAAAGUACCCAAGUCUCUCCUAAACAGUUAAGUAAAACCUCUGAUUGGAAUACUUUUGCUAGCCAAAGUAGAAAGCAAUACUGGAAAUCGGAAGCCAAUUGGAGAUUGGUCUCUGGAGAUUCAAAAUAUGAAGGUGAGGAGACCAAGCAAAACAUUAUUGUAAAAAGCUUUAAUGCUGGCACAAAACAAAAAAACAAAACGAAGGACAAAUGCAUUGCCUCCACUUUAUCUAAUGCACAAAGUGAUGCUGGAGAAAAGUUUGUGAACUUCCAGAAGACAGUUGUUGCUGAAUCCUCUCUAGAACCAGUGAUUACAGGUGUUUCAGAAACAGAUCAAGAGUAUAUGGAGCACAAGGAAGAACUUCCAUCUGACAAUGAUAGGUCCAAUAUGGAAGAUGGAGGACCACUGUUUACUUUUCCACCAGAACAUUCCAUCCCUAAUCACAGACUUUCAGAAACAAUGGAAAUGUCAGCAUCAACAACAGAAUUUGUGAUGCAUCCUCCUCAUUUCUACAGCCAGAAAAUGAAUGAUUAUACAAAACACCGGAGAAGCAAUCCAAAGCCAAGACAUUCUUUUACAAGAUCCACUAGAAACAUUUCAUAUUCCGAUAAUCUCUAUGAUGUUUCUUUAGAAAGAACAACAAAUGCAGCAAAAGAUAAAAAACCUUCAAUGGAAGGUGUACAAGAGAAAGUAUGGUCAUAUGGUUCUUUAUGGGACUAUAAAGGGGGGAAAAGACCCCAAAAUAUGCAAAGAGAAACAUAUGUUCCCAUCUUUUCUUCAUCAUGUAAGUCAGAUUAUUUCACUUAUAAUUGUGCAGACCAGGAUUUGCCUAUGAACUUGCCCAAAUAUUUAGAAGGCGGCUUUAUUGACACACACUGCCAUUUGGACAUGUUGUAUUCAAAAACAUCUUUCAGAGGAGCUUUUUCUGAAUUUAGGAGAAGAUACAGCAGCACUUUUCCUGAAGAAUUUCAGGGCUGCAUAGCUGAUUUUUGUGACCCUCGUACUUUAAGAAACAACUUAUGGGAAGAUUUAUUAAAGGAAGAUAUGAUUUGGGGGGCAUUUGGCUGCCACCCCCACUUCGCUGGUUAUUACACAGAUCUUCAUGAAAGAAAUAUCAUGCGGGCAAUGAGGCACCCCAAAUCUGUUGCGUUUGGUGAAAUAGGACUGGAUUACUCUUAUAAAUGUUGUACAGAAAUUCCAAAGCAGCAUGAGGUUUUUGAGAGGCAAUUGAAUCUAGCCGUUUCCUUAAGGAAGCCAUUGGUCAUUCACUGCAGAGAUGCUGAUGGUGAUCUGUUAGAAAUCAUGAAAAAAUGUGUGCCAAAAGACUAUAAAAUACACAGGCAUUGUUUCACUGGCCGCUAUAGUGUCAUUGAACCCCUGUUAGAUUACUUUCCAAAUCUAACUGUUGGAUUCACAGCAUUGGUCUCUUACCCAUCAGCAAAUGAGGUUAGAGACUCUGUUCGAAAAAUCCCAUUAAACAGAAUAGUGGUAGAAACAGACGCACCUUAUUUCCUUCCUCGACAGGUGCCAAAACGUCUAACCCAGUUUUCGCAUCCUGGAUUAGCUCUGCACACAGUGAAAGAGAUUGCCUGCCUCAAAGAAGUGCCAUUACCUGCCACAUUAGGUGUGCUAAGGCAAAACACCAGCAAACUAUAUGACUUGUGA